AUGAAGUGCAGUGAAAGCCAAGAUGUGAAUGUGUUCGAAGAAGCAGAUGAUGAUGAUGAUGUUGCUUUAAGCCAGCAGGUGAGCGCUGCAGAUAGAGAGCAGAUGAUUAUGAACUAUAUCCGAGGCCGGUCAGACCUUUAUGAGAAGGUGCUUACAUACGAACCUCUAGACUUGGUAGUGCUGAAAGAUGACCUGAAGGCUGCCAGCAUCCGCUGUGGGCAGCAAAAGCUGAUGGACUUGCUCAAUGCUAAGUGCAUCACAUUUACCAACAAAAAUGUGGGCUUGCUGGCAAAGAAACACCCGAGGGAAGUGGAACAAGAGCAAGAAGCCCAGAGCUAAAAACAAUUCAUGAAAUCAACUUUUGAUGACUAGCAGCAGCUCUUUGAUGGUGGCUGGGGCACCAAACACAGCUGGCCAGAGAAACAGCUUGUGAUGCAAUAUUGUUGUAAACUUUAAAAGGGGUAUUUGACUGUGUAUGGUGUAGGGGAAAUGGGAAAGGGUUUUUCCAUGGAGUAGGGAGAAUGCUUGCGAUGAAAUAAUGUUGUAAGGCUUGGGAAGGGGUAUUUGACUGUGUAUAUGGGGUAGGGGAUAUGGGGAAGGGUUUUUCCAUGGAGUGGGAAGAAGCUGCAGGAAGUUUGUAUGUAUGGAGAACUUGCAUGUUAAACAGAAGCUUGCUGUAUGAUAUUUUUUAGAAUUAUCCAUAAUGCUGGAUAGAAUGUUGAGUGCAGAAGAUGGACAAGGCCCAUUGCUAUUUGCUUACUAUUGUGCACAUUGAUUUUCUGUCUGUAGUGGCUUUCACUGCCAGAGGUUUCACUGAUCCUUUGGUGUUUAUUUGCUCUUUUGCUAGAACAUGUCAUGAUUGAAUACAGUCUGGUGUUUGGAGACCCAGUGCAGCUUGAUGGGUGAAAGUUGUGAGUAGGGGAAUUCAUGUGUUGAGGUUUGGUGUGUAAACCAGAGUAUAUGAUGAUGCCGCAGAUGUAAUGUACUGUAGACUCAAUGCGCUUUACAAACAUUUUCUGAAUACAAAACACUGAAAGCACACGUGCAUUUUGUAUCGGUUGAAUGUGAUACAUUGUUCCAAAAGCAGCAAGAUGGCGCAGGUGGCAUUUGAGAUCACUAGUCAAUCAUUUGAAGUGGUCCAUAAAAGAGUUGCGUGGCGCAGACACUGAAGAAUAAUCUAGAAGACAACAAGUAGCGUAGCUAAAGCACAGAUCAAAUAGUAGACAAAGAGUAACGCAGACGAAACGAAACAGAAAUGUGUCACCCACAAGCCAGUAAGGCGAAAGAACAGAUAUUUAUUGGGGAGAAAGAGCGGGAAAAAUAAAAGGAGAAAUCUGA